AUGCUCAAUAAUGAGAUGCCAUUGGUGAAGAGGUUGACGCUGCGGGAAACCUACAAAUGCAAGAAUCACGCUCAAUCACAUUUUUUUAAUUAUCACGUAGAGAAUUUAGCUUCGUUCAACAUUUCUCUUACAGUGGCCCUCUCUGUUUACAUCGCUGAUGGAGAGUACGUGGUGACAACAAUGACAAAAGCGGUCCUUCAUCACAACGGUAAGGUUUUAUGGACUCCUCCAGCCAUAUUUAAAUCUUCCUGCGAAAUCGACGUGCGCUACUUCCCCUUCGAUCAGCAAACUUGUUUCCUGAAAUUUGGCUCAUGGAGUUAUGAUGGAGACCAGAUUGAUUUAAAGCACAUAAAUCAGAAAAAGGGUGAUAUGGUCGAGGUAGGUAUCGAUCUACGUGAGUACUACCCAUCUGUGGAGUGGGACAUUCUUGGAGUGCCUGCAGAAAGGCAUGAGCGGUACUACCCAUGUUGUCAGGAACCCUAUCCAGAUAUCUUCUUCAACAUAACGCUAAGAAGGAAAACGUUGUUUUACACCGUCAACCUUAUCGUUCCAUGCGUCGGUAUAUCAUACCUGUCCGUGCUAGUUUUCUACUUACCAGCGGACUCAGGGGAAAAAAUUGCAUUGAGUAUUUCGAUUUUGCUCUCACAGACGAUGUUCUUUUUGCUCAUAUCCGAGAUCAUACCUUCAACAUCACUCGCUUUGCCUCUACUUGGUAAAUACUUACUUUUCACAAUGCUGCUUGUUGGACUUUCAGUAGUUAUAACAAUAAUAAUACUGAACGUUCACUACCGUAAACCUAGUACUCAUAAAAUGGCGCCAUGGGUGAGGAAGUUCUUCAUAACCAAGCUACCUAAACUUUUACUUAUGCGGGUUCCAAAAGAUCUGCUAAGAGAUCUUGCAGCCCAGAAAAUUGCCGGCAGAAGCAUGAAAAAGAAUAAAUUAAAAAAUGCACUAGCGGCGGUUGAACAAUCUAACUCGAAUAUCUCCAGUCCAGAUUCACUGCGUCACAACAUGCCCGGGGGAUGUAAUGGACUGCAUUCCACUACCGCAACUAACAGAUUCAGUGGGCUAGUUGGUGCACUAGGAAGUCUCGGUGCGGGAUAUAAUGGUCUUCCUUCGGUUAUGUCAGGUCUUGAUGAUUCUUUGAGUGACGUAGCUCCUCGAAAGAAAUACCCAUUCGAACUGGAGAAGGCAAUCCAUAAUGUUAUGUUUAUACAACAUCACAUGCAAAGACAAGACGAGUUCAAUGCGGAAGAUCAAGACUGGGGCUUUGUUGCCAUGGUGUUGGAUAGAUUAUUCCUUUGGAUUUUCACAAUCGCUUCAAUCGUCGGAACAUUUGCGAUUCUGUGUGAGGCGCCAUCCCUGUACGACGACACUAAGCCUAUAGAUAUGGUUCUGUCAUCAGUUGCACAGCAGCAGUUUCUGCCUGUUGAUAGUGGCGAGUCAUAA